UGGGACAAUUCAGAAGACAGCCUACCUGUCCAUCGACCCUCCCUCCAUCCGCGCGUGGGCUGUCCACCCAGCCCGUCCACCGAGACCACCGCCGGCCUCCCCCUCGCUCUCCUGGUCCAGCCACCGGCUCCGCCGCCUCCACCCUCCCUUCCCCCGCGAUGGCCUCCCGGGAGCCCUUGCACGUGAAGACCCCGAUCCGAGACAGCAUGGCCCUGUCCAAGGUGGCCGGCACCAGCGUCUACAUCAAGAUAGACAGUGCCCAGCCCUCGGGCUCCUUCAAGAUCAGGGGCAUCGGCCACCUCUGCCAGAAGAAGGCCGAGCAAGGCUGCAAACACUUCGUCUGCUGCUCAGCGGGCAACGCAGGCAUGGCGGCCGCCUACGCGGCCAGGAGGCUGGGCAUCCCCGCCACCAUCGUCGUGCCCAAGACCACACCUGCCCUCACCAUCGAGCGGCUCAGAAGUGAGGGCGCCACGGUCAAGGUGGUGGGUGAGACGUUGGAGGAGGCCCAUGAGCUGGCCACAGCCCUGGUGAAGAACAACUCAGACUGGGUCUUCAUCUCUCCCUUCGACGACCCCCUUAUCUGGGACGGCCACACUUCCAUCGUGAAGGAGCUGAAGGAGACGCUGAGCGCAAAGCCGGGGGUCAUCGCGCUGUCGGUGGGGGGCGGCGGCCUCUUGUGCGGAGUGGUCCAGGGGCUGCAGGAGGUGGGCUGGGGGGACGUGCCCAUCAUCGCCAUGGAGACCAAGGGAGCCCACAGCUUCCACGUUGCCACCUCUGUGGGCAAGCUCGUCCCUCUGGACCAGGUUACCAGUGUGGCCAAGGCUCUGUGUGUGAGGACCGUGGGGGCUCAAGCCCUGAAGCUGUUUCAGGAAUACCCCAUUUUCUCGGAAGUUAUCUCCGACCAGGAGGCUGUGGCCGCCAUUGAGAAGUUUGUGGAUGACGAGAAGAUCCUGGUGGAGCCAGCCUGCGGGGCAGCCCUGGCCGCUGUCUACAGCAACGUGGUUCAGAAGCUGCAAGGAGAAGGGAAGCUUCGCACCCCGCUGUCCUCAAUCAUAAUCAUCGUCUGUGGGGGCAGCAACAUCAGUCUGACCCAGCUGCAGGACCUCAAGAAGCAGCUGGGCAUGUAGAAUGCGCCGCCCAAGUGAAGGUCUCCCGGCCCCGGGAGACCCCUGCCAGGCUGGAGUGUGACCCAGCACCUCAUUGUACAUAUUAUGCUUGUGUCUGGUCGCGAGCCUGCGGCCAGGCCAGUCGGUGCUUGCUUGUACCCACGAGCCCAUGGGGCGGAGGGGAACAUGCUUCGCAGUCGAGGCAGGGGGAGGGGUGGGUGUCAGCGGCCAGCGAGGCUGACUGACCCCCUGCUGCCUGUGUGACUGCCCUGUGACCGUCCCUGGCCACCCCUGCCGGGGCGACUCUGCCCUCAUGUAACAUACCCGGUCCCCAGAGCAGGGUGGGCGCGAGGGACCGAGGUCACACCGGAGGCUCCCCCCGGGAGCAGCGUGUGCCCACCAGGCUCUCCACCUGGGGAGGUGGACAGGCCCGCAGCCCAGGCUGAGGAACCGUCUUUAUUUUACUCCCAGGAAGCCCACCCCCACCCUUACCCAUUUUUCUAAUGUGCACACAUUUUCAUUGAAAAAUAAGUAUUUAUGACGCAAA